CCUGGCAUGCCUGGGUCCUCUCUGGCUCCCACAGUGCUACCGGCCUCAGUUUCUCACUGCGGAGAAGACCGCUGGCUAGACUUCGAAAUGGUCCUGUGAGCUUUCCCCCUUCCGUGUGGUAGACCAAGGAAGGGUUUCAUGGCUCGGUGAGCUUCCCCUGGGCCCAAUACCCCACCCCAGCAUGGUCCAGGCCUGUGAGGGGCACUCCAGAGCACAGCCGCUGCCCUCGUCUUUGGGGACAGACAUGACCCAGCCUCUAGCUGCCAAAGCUCCGGCCAAGAAGCACGUACGGCUGCAGGAGAGGCGGGGCUCCAAUGUGGCUCUGAUGCUGGAUGUGCGAUCUCUGGGCACCGUGGAGCCCAUCUGCUCAGUGAACACACCCCGGGAAGUCACCCUACACUUUCUUCGCACAGCUGGACACCCACUUACCGGGUGGGCCCUGCAGCAUCAGCCACCCAGUCCUAAGCAGCUGGAGGAGGAAUUCUUGAAGAUCCCUUCAAACUUUGUCAACCCUGAAGACCUGGAUAUCCCCGGCCAUGCCUCCAAGGACCGAUACAAGACCAUCUUGCCAAAUCCCCAGAGUCGUGUGUGUCUUGGGCGAGCACAGAGCCAGGAGGAAGGUGACUACAUUAAUGCCAACUACAUCCGAGGCUAUGACGGGCGGGAGAAGGCCUACAUUGCCACCCAGGGCCCCAUGCCCAACACUGUGGCAGAUUUCUGGGAGAUGGUGUGGCAAGAAGAAGUGCACCUCAUCGUCAUGCUGACUCAGCUCCGGGAGGGCAAGGAGAAAUGUGUGCACUACUGGCCCACAGAAGAGGAAACCUACGGACCCUUCCAGAUCCGCAGCCAGAGCAUGAAAGAGCACCCAGAAUACACAGUGCGGCAGCUCACCAUCCAGCACCAGCAGGAACGCCGGUCAAUAAAGCACGUCCUCUUCUCAGCCUGGCCUGACCACCAGACUCCGGAGUCAGCUGCGCCCCUGCUGCGCCUCGUGGCUGAGGUGGAGGAGGGUCCAGAGGCAGCUGCCAGCACUGGGCCCGUUGUGGUCCACUGCAGUGCCGGAAUCGGUCGGACAGGCUGCCUCAUCGCUACCUGCAUUGGCUGCCAGCAGCUGAAGGCCCGAGGAGAAGUGGAUAUCCUAGGCAUUGUGUGCCAACUGCGCCUGGACAGAGGGGGGAUGAUCCAGACGGCCGAGCAGUACCAGUUUCUGCAUCACACUUUGGCGCUGUAUGCAGCCCAGCUGCCCCAGGAGCCCAGCCCCUGACUCCUGCCCCUCCUCCAGCCCAGGGGCCAGCCUCCCCUCAGGCCUGGGAUAACAGGCACGGGGAAGGGGUACCUCGUUGGUGAAUGCUCACUGUCCGGGGAAGCCGUAGCAGCAAGCAGGAGGGGCUGGGCCUCAGGUCUUCCCUCGAGGUCACUCCUCAACUUUUUCCUGUGGGUCCUGGUGGACAACAGGGGACCUUCCCAUGGCUCUGAACUUACGGCAGGAGCUGGCACCUGGGACAGGCAGAGAAGGAAGCCAGGGAGGUGGUCUUCUCGGAGAAGCUCUCUGUGGGCUUCUUCCUUGCUGAUCACAUGGGCGGUCAGGGCUUUGCUGCCAUCACGAACUAAUCAGAGACAUUCCUCAUGGCUGUUCAUUUCAGCCUCAUCUUCCCUCUGGGGCUGGCAAGAUGGUUCCUCCUCCGCCCAUGCCCUGCCCAACACAGUCCCGACACAAGAGCUGGGAAGCGUCUGCUCUGUGAAUACUGGGCGACCCCCUUGAAAUAGAGCAGGGGCCACAACUGUCCCUGCUUCCACCCGUGGCCCUACAUCCCCCUGUGGGGGUGAAGAAGUAACAAGGCCUAGCAACAGAGACCUCUCGACAAGCCAGGCACUGCAACACGUGCCCGCAACCUCGACGGUUGGCAGCAGACGAGGAGGUUGGCAGGUUGAAGCCACUGUGGUCUACAAUGCCGUCACUAUGCGCCAUCUACCCCAGCCGCUCUCUGGGGAUGCCAGAACUCUCUGCUUUGCUUCAAUGACCUCAAAGCAUUCCUGGUGCACAGGAAGUACCAAAGAAAAGAGGAGGAGGAAAGGGCUAGGUCUGGGUUUAGAAAGCCUGCCCGCCAUAUUCUCCCCAGCCUGUUUGCGGAGCACACCUGGACAAUGUGGCUGUCUCUGGAAACAGGCUGGGCCGUAACCUUCCCACUCAACACAAGGUUCAGCUUGACCUACAACCCUCAGCCAUCAACACGAUUUCCAGGGCACCCCAGAUCUAUCUUAGGACUGGACUACACACUCCAGAGAAGCAGCCACAUCCUGAGGCCUUCUUGAUCCAGAUUGGAUUGCCUGUAGGGAGGAACAUGGGAAGACCGAUCCUGCUGGGACCCAGCUCCCGGGACCUGUCCUGACUGACACCAAGGAGCUGGUCCUGCUACAUCGUGACAUCUCUCUGAAGAAUGUGCAGUGUUGCCAGGUGUGGUGGAGGACACCUGUAUAGUCCCAGCACUUGAAAGGUGGAGGCAGGAGGAUCAGGAAUUCCAGGCUAGCCUGCCAGCCUAGGAUAUACAAGACCCUGUCUGGAAAAAAGCAAUGCUUCUGCUGAGGGUGGGAUUAUUAAUGCUUUGCUUGGCCUUAACCAGGAGCCUCUCCUCUCCUUCCUUAUAGGCCUGGGGCGGGCUCACUGCACCUCCACCUUCCUAAACCCUAUGGGAGAUGCCAUUGUCCAUGCUGCUAAGCCGGGUGGAGAGCUCUCAAGUGCCUGAUGAUGCCCUUAGCUCGGUCUGGAGGGGAGCCACUGCACAGCUCCAUGGGCACCCUCUCUGCGCUGUCACCCCAACUCCAUUCCUGAGCUCAGAGGAUACAAGUUCUGGAAAAGCAACCAAGUAGGAAAAAUAAAGACUUCUUGGAUGGCU